AUGAGUAGUUUCCUGAACGGUGCUUCGCCGCGGCAGCAAAUGGAAGAGAGUGACAUCGAGGCUGGUCCCUCCACUCGCCGUUCCGCUGACCUUGACGACGGCGAUUUCUCCGAUCCGUUUGAUAUUGCCAGAACUAAGAAUGCUUCUAUUGAACGCCUCAGGCGCUGGAGGCAAGCAGCGCUUGUGCUUAAUGCUUCUCGUCGAUUUCGAUAUACCUUGGACUUGAAAAAAGAAGAAGAGAAGAAGCAAAUAUUGAGAAAGAUUAGAGCACAUGCACAAGCCAUUAGAGCAGCUUAUCUUUUCAAAGCAGCUGGUGGGGGGCCAGGAAGUGAACCUAUUAAACCUCCUCCGCCUCCCUCUGCUGGUGAAUUUCCAAUUGGGCAAGACCAACUUGCUUCAAUUUCAAGAGAGCAUGACACUGCUGCUCUGCAACAAAAUGGAGGGGUUGUAGGACUAUCAAAUUUGUUGAAAACCAAUUUAGAGAAGGGAAUUCAUGGUGAUGAUGUUGAUUUACUAAUGCGGAGGAAUAUAUUUGGUUCCAACGAUUAUCCUCGGAAGAAAGGAAGAAGUUUUCUGAUGUUUAUGUGGGAUGCUUGCAAGGACUUGACCUUGGUUAUUUUAAUGGUAGCAGCAGCAGCUUCACUGGCUCUUGGGAUAAAAUCUGAGGGUAUUAAGCAAGGAUGGUAUGAUGGGGGAAGCAUUGCUUUUGCAGUUAUUCUUGUUAUUGUUGUUACAGCUAUAAGUGAUUAUAAGCAGUCUCUUCAGUUUCGAGAACUAAAUGAAGAGAAGAGAAAUAUACACCUGGAGUUUUUAUUUGAAUUUGUGCAUGAGAAGGUUAUUAGAGGUGGUAGAAGGGUUGAGAUCUCUAUAUAUGAUAUUGUUGUUGGGGACGUUAUACCCCUUAAUAUUGGUAACCAGGUCCCUGCUGAUGGAAUUCUGAUCACUGGUCACUCUCUUGCAAUUGACGAAUCAAGUAUGACUGGGGAGAGCAAAAUUGUCCAUAAAGAUUCUAAGGAUCCUUUUCUUAUGUCUGGAUGUAAAGUUGCUGAUGGCAGUGGCACUAUGCUGGUCACUGGUGUUGGUAUCAAUACUGAAUGGGGGCUACUAAUGGCUAGCAUCGCAGAAGAUACAGGCGAAGAAACACCAUUACAGGUUCGCUUAAAUGGUGUAGCUACUUUCAUCGGUAUUGUUGGACUGGCUGUUGCUGUUGUCGUCCUGCUUGUGCUACUAAUUAGAUAUUUCACUGGGCAUACUGAAAACCCGCAAGGUGAGGCUCAAUUUAAAGCUGGCACAACUAAAGUUGGUGAUGCUAUUGAUGGUGCAAUUAAGAUAGUAACUGUUGCGGUCACUAUCGUCGUGGUUGCAGUUCCUGAGGGGCUCCCAUUAGCAGUUACUUUAACGCUGGCCUACUCGAUGAGAAAAAUGAUGGAAGAUAAAGCUUUGGUAAGGAGGCUUUCUGCCUGUGAGACUAUGGGCUCUGCUACAACCAUAUGUAGUGAUAAGACUGGCACAUUGACAAUGAAUCUGAUGACCGUGGUUGAGGCUUAUGCUGGGGGUAAGAAAAUUGACCCUCCUCACAAGUUGGAGAAUACUAUGCUUCGCUCGUUGCUCAUUGAGGCUGUUGCGCAGAACACUAAUGGUAGUGUUUAUGCACCUGAGGGUGUUAAUGAUGUCGAGGUUUCUGGAUCUCCAACAGAAAAGGCAAUUUUGCAGUGGGGAAUACAGCUUGGGAUGGAUUUUACGGCUGCAAGAUCCAAAUCAUCAAUUAUUCAUGUUUUCCCAUUCAAUUCAGAGAAAAAAAGAGGCGGUGUUGCGUUACAAAUGGCUGACUCUAACAUCCAUGUACACUGGAAAGGUGCUGCUGAGAUAGUCCUAGCCUGCUGUACAGGCUAUAUUGAUGGAAAUGAUCAGCUGGUGGGGAUGGAUGAGGAGAAGAUGGCAUUUUUCAAAAAGGCUAUUGAAGACAUGGCUGCUGAUAGUCUACGUUGUGUUGCCAUUGCAUAUAGACCAUAUGAAAAGGAGAAGGUUCCAACUAAUGAAGAACUACUUGCUCACUGGUCUUUACCAGAGGAUGAUCUUAUUUUACUGGCUAUUGUUGGUCUUAAGGAUCCUUGUCGACCUGGUGUCAAGGAUGCAGUGCUACUUUGUCAAAAGGCUGGCGUUAAGGUGAAAAUGGUCACUGGUGACAAUGUGAAAACUGCAAAAGCAAUUGCUGUGGAAUGUGGAAUACUGGGUUCAUAUGCCGAUGCUACAGAACCAAACAUCAUUGAAGGAAAAACUUUUCGUGGCUUGUCAGAUGCACAGAGAGAUGAAAUUGCUGAUAGGAUAUCGGUCAUGGGGCGGUCAUCUCCCAAUGACAAACUAUUGCUAGUACAAUCAUUGAGGAGGAAAGGUCAUGUUGUUGCUGUAACUGGGGAUGGAACAAAUGAUGCUCCUGCACUUCAUGAGGCCGAUAUAGGUCUUGCAAUGGGUAUCCAAGGUACAGAAGUUGCCAAAGAGAGCUCUGAUAUCAUUAUUUUGGAUGACAAUUUUGCUUCAGUUGUAAAGGUUGUCAGAUGGGGCCGGUCUGUAUAUGCAAAUAUUCAGAAAUUUAUCCAGUUUCAGCUUACAGUAAAUGUGGCCGCCCUAGUGAUAAAUGUUGUUGCUGCAGUUUCAUCUGGUGAUGUUCCACUAAAUGCAGUGCAGCUUCUUUGGGUAAAUCUUAUUAUGGACACUCUGGGAGCACUGGCCUUGGCAACUGAACCACCAACGGAUCACCUCAUGGAUCGAUCUCCAGUUGGUCGAAGGUCUGAAAUUUUAUUUUUUAUGAUUCUUAUUGGAAUUGACAAAUUGUUUGCUUGCUUUUUCAGAGAACCUCUUAUAACAAAUAUUAUGUGGAGGAAUUUGCUGAUACAGGCAAUGUACCAAGUGUCUGUCUUGCUUGUACUCAAUUUCCGAGGUAGAAGCAUACUAGGUUUGAGCCGAGACAACAAUCAACAUGCAAUCAAAGUGAAGAACACUUUGAUAUUUAACGCAUUUGUUCUCUGUCAAAUCUUUAAUGAAUUUAAUGCUCGAAAGCCAGAUGAGUACAACAUAUUUAAAGGAGUCACGAGAAACUAUCUCUUUAUGGGUAUAAUUGGAUUAACUGUUGUGCUUCAGAUUGUCAUCAUUGAAUUUCUGGGCAAGUUUACAAAAACAGUGAGACUUAAUUGGAAGCAGUGGCUCAUCUGUGUCAUUAUUGGAUUGAUUAGUUGGCCUCUUGCUGUGAUUGGGAAAUUGAUCCCAGUGCCAACCACUCCUAUCAAUAACGUUUUUUCAAAAUGUGGGCCUUCUAGAAAGAGGGAACCUGAGGAAUCUCAAUAG